GCCGUACUGACAUCAUAGCCGCUCUGGAUUGAUCAACUCCAACCAGUAUGGCCGACCCCCCACCACCCGCUCCCGCUUCCCGGGGAGUUCUUUCGCUCUACGAUAACAUCGAAGACCCGAACGACCCCAACCCUGCGGCAACGAUAUCCGCUGCACCUGUUGUCUACAGACAAGACCAACCCGCGUCGGCAGAGGCCAAAAAGCCCGCCAACCCAGCCCUACUGUUCCAGCCUCAGAUUCGACGCCCGCAGCCGAAGCAAGCGAAGGGUUUCAAGGGCGGCUUUCCGCCUAAGGUCAUCCCAACCGGUGCAGCUUCUAGCACUGCGCCGCCUGUCGCAUCAAAGACAACUCUGGCGGACUGGGCGCCAACUGAAGAAGACGAAUGGAUGUACGGUACAGGUGAGAAACGGCAGCGAGGCGGUCGGAAGAACAAGAAAAAGAAACAGCAGCAGGACGCUCGACAGGAAACCAACUGGGAGGGCUUCUAUGACGUUAGCAAGCCUACCAGCAUCGACGAGUAUAUUAAAGGCGAUGAGAAGGUGGGCGAGGCUCUUGACUGGAGAGAGUUUGUUCUCCAACGCGGAGGAAGACGCCGAUGGAGCGAGUCGACCAGCGAUGAGGACCACAGCACAGGCAUGCCAAGCCAGUUUGCCCCUCCACCUUCGGACUCGUUCCCGCUCCUAGCGGGUUCCCCGCCGAAGCCUCCACCAAGCGACCAGACUGGUGAAGACGUAUUCUCCCGCAGAGCUGUCAUGGCCUCAUCGCAAUAUCAGCCUUCACGCUCGCUUUCUCCUGCGCCUCCCGCUGCUCUGGCACCGCCUCCUCCACCUCCCCAGUUCGUUCAAGAAACCCCGCCUCCCCCGCCAACCGAUGGUGCAGUUAUUUCUCGGGCUCCUAUACGAUACGAUAUACAGCAACCUCCUGCCACAGAUGAUCGCGGUCUGGGCGCUUCCUCUUCUUCUAUGUUCGGCCUAGAUGAGGGCAACGCCGAGCAACAGCCCAAGUCCACGCGACCAGGCCAAGCAGGCUUCGCGCAGCGCCUCAUGAGCAAGUAUGGGUGGACGGAGGGCGCCGGUCUCGGCGCCAGCGAAUCAGGAAUCACCAAUCCUCUGCGUGUGCAGGUCGAGAAGCGCCGUAAGAAGGCGGAUGCCGAUGGAGGCGGCUGGGCUGAGCCCGGUGGAAAGGGCAAGAUCCUGGGCGGUAAGCGGAAAGAUGAAGAAGGCAAGUUUGGCAGAAUGUCUGAAGUUAUUGUUCUCCGUAACAUGCUGGAGAAUAUGCCUGAUCUCGAGUCUGAGAUUUCCAACGGUCUUGGCCAGGAGAUUGGUGAGGAGUGCGGAGAAAAGUACGGCCGCGUGGAGCGCCUCUACAUUGACCAAGACGCUCGGCAGGUGUUUAUCAAGUUCACCGAUCAGGUGUCCGCUCUGCGUGCUGUUAACGAGCUUGACGGACGCAUCUUCAACGGCAACACCAUUGUGCCAAAUUUCUAUGACGUCGAAAAGUUCGAGCGCGGCGUUUACACCGCCAAGUAGUCGGCUUCUGUUAGCAAGUCCACGGCUGGCAGAGAGUGGAUGACCGAGCCUCAUCUUCGGAAGCUAGACUAUUUCUGAGGAGAUGAGGGGUGCGGAUGACACCCAUGACGAGUGUGCAAUGAUACCCAUAUGUGAGAUGGUUCAUCUCUUCAUGUACUAACGUUAGAACUUUCUUAUCUAGAAAUCAAGCCUUGCCUGCCGCGCAGCCGAGAUGGCGAAAUCCCGAGUACACAUGGUACUGCGGGUCGCGUGCCCAACUUGCAAGAGGCACCUGGAAUGUUUGUGCCCACCCUCGGAUGUUGCCCCCAACGAAUAAUCAACAAAAACAAUGCCAUUUGCAAACAAAGGACAUCAUACGUAGUAACGCGUGACUUGGAGUCGACGGGUGCACUCAGUCGAGCAAGGGCAACGUUUGCAUGAGAAACACACCAAAUCCGUUCGCCAUCACAAAACAGCCGCCAUAGUGGUACAGAGGCGGCAAGGGCUCGCUCGGGCCACGGCACAGUAUCAAGUACAGAGUCCAUUAUUAAGUC